GCCGCGCCGUACUUUGGGGAGUGCGGCUUCCGCGAGGUUUCCUGGCCUGUUGCAGCCAUGGUGCGUUGCAGUUGCGUGUUGUUCAGAAAGUAUGGAAAUUUCAUCGAUAACCUAAGACUCUUCACCAAGGGAGGAACCGGUGGAAUGGGUUAUCCUCGUUUAGGUGGAGAAGGUGGAAAAGGUGGUGAUGUCUGGGUUGUAGCCCAGAACAGAAUGACUUUAAAACAACUUAAAGACAGGUAUCCUCAGAAACGGUUUGUGGCUGGAGUAGGAGCAAACAGCAAAAUUAGUGCACUGAAAGGCUCCAAAGGAAAUGACUGUGAAAUCCCUGCGCCUGUGGGUAUUUCAAUAACUGAUGAAAAUGGUAAAAUUAUAGGAGAACUCAAUAAAGAGAAUGACAGAAUUUUGGUAGCUGAAGGAGGUCUUGGUGGUAAAUUACUUACAAACUUCUUACCAUUGAAAGGCCAGAAACGAGUAAUUCACCUUGAUCUAAAACUUAUAGCUGAUGUAGGCCUAGUAGGAUUCCCAAAUGCUGGAAAAUCCUCUUUGCUAAGUCAAGUUUCUCAUGCAAAACCUGCAAUUGCAGAUUAUGCAUUUACAACAUUAAAGCCUGAACUUGGAAAGAUUAUGUACAAUGAUUUCAAGCAGAUAUCAGUAGCUGAUCUUCCAGGUUUGAUAGAAGGAGCACAUAUGAACAAAGGAAUGGGCCACAAAUUCCUCAAGCAUAUAGAAAGAACUAAACAACUACUUUUUGUUGUUGAUAUUUCUGGAUUUCAGCUUUCUUAUCGCACUCAAUACAGAACUGCUUUUGAAACUAUAAUACUGCUUACAAAAGAGUUGGAAUUGUACAAAGAGGAGCUUCAAACAAAACCUGCACUUUUGGCAGUUAAUAAAAUGGACUUGCCAGAUGCUCAAGAUAAGCUUCAUGAAUUGAUGAACCAGCUCCAGAAUCCUAAAGAUUUUCUGCAUUCAUUUGGAAAAAACAUGAUUCCAGAGAGGACUGUAGAGUUCCAGCAUAUCAUCCCCAUAUCUGCAGUUACUGGAGAAGGAAUUGAAGAAUUAAAGAACUGUAUAAGAAAGUCACUGGAUGAACAGGCCAACCAGGAAAAUGAUGCAUAUCAUAAGAAACAGUUGCUUAAUUUGUGGAUUUCUGAUAAAGUAUCUUCAAGUGAGCCACCAUCAUCAAAGCAUGCUAUUACUAGUUCCAAAGUGAAUAUAAUUUAAAUAUAUUAAAAAAUGAUAUUGAUGGAA